CAGACAGAUAGGAUUUAAACCAAUGAAGAGCGGUCCCUGAGAUUCCUACCCUGUCCCUCAGCCUGUCUAAAAGGAUGUGGUGAUCAACAGUGUCAAAGGCUGCACUGAGAUCAAGCAGAACCAGGAUAGUGGAUUUACCGGCAUCGGAGGCCAUCAUGAUGUCAUUGGAGACCCUGAGAAGAGCAGUUUCUGUGGAAUGUAACUGACGAUAACCGGACUGAAAUUUAUCUAAGAUAUUGUAACUGUUCAACGCUGUCACUAACUGGUUUGCAACUGCUUUUUCUAGAAUCUUAGAUACAAAGGGCAGCUUGGAAAUGGGCCGGUAGUUACUAAGAACAUCGGGGUCCAGAUUGGGCUUUUUGAGAAGCGGCUGAACAACCGCUUGCUUGAAAUGGGACGGGACACGACCAGAAACCAGUGAGCUAUUGAUUAUGGAGAGCAGAGAUGGACCAAUAGUGCUGAAAACAUUUUUCAGCAAAGUUGUGGGCAGGAUAUCCAGCGGACUAGAAGAGAUCUUCAUAGUGCACACAAGAUCUGCUAAGUCUUGUAAGGAGACAGGUGAGAAAUUGUCAAUAAUUGACUGUUGUUUGGGAGGAUCAGGAAGGGAGGAGGAGGAGGGUGUUAUACUGGCCUUGACACUGGCAACCUUAUUCACAAAAUACAUUAAAAAAUUGCUACAGUCCUCAUCAGAGGACACAGGUAGAGCAGGCGGUUGCGCACCAGUAAUGCUACUUAUAGUGUCAAAAAUGACCCUGGGAUUUCUCUUGUUGGAGAUGAUGAGAUUUUUAAAAUAAGAGGCUCUGGCUACCCUAACAACAGAAUUGAAUUCAGCUAACAGUUCUUUAAAAUAAAGACGAUGUACAUGAAGCUUGCUUGAUUUCCACAAGCGCUCAGCUCUCCGACAUUUACGACGAAGGCAGCGGAUGUCGUCGUUCAGCCAGGGAGUGGGAUUAGCUGCGGGGAUAGUUCGAGGCUUUAAAGGAGCAAUCUUAUCAAGAAUAGCAGAGCAGUGUGAGUUAAAAGUUAAAACUUGGGAGUCAACGUCAACAUUAAUACUAACAGGCUGCGCCACACUGUUAAAAGCGAAUGAGAAUUUCUCAGCAGAGAGGUUAUUUAACAUACGGGUGAGUUUUGUACGCUUGCUGGUUGAACAAUCAGAAAUAAUAGACAAAUUAAACAGGAUGCAGUUGUGAUCAGUGACGGGCAGCUCCUCAGAGACGAUACAAUCAAUGUCCAAACCAAGUGUAAAAACAAGGUCCAGCGUGUUUCCCUUAAUGUGUGUCGGGCCAUUGACAUGUUGCACAAAAUGAAAAGAUUCGGUGAGAUUUAUAAAAUUAUUAGCAAAGGAGUUUGUGGUGUCAUUUACAGGCACAUUAAAAUCCCCAAGCAUUAAAAUUCUUUGAAAUUUAGUGAUGGAAGCCAAAAAGUCACUGAAUUCAGCCAGAAAGGCGCCAUUAAUACCAGGAGGGCGAUAAAUUAAAAUACAAUAAAACGGGUUAGAGCGGCCAACUUUAGAAAUAAGCAGUUCAAAUGAGGUAAAAGUUCCACAAUUCACUCUCCUCGAGGAGAAACUGUCUUUGUACAACAAAGCAAGGCCACCACCGCGGCCAGUGGUCCUUGGGGCACAUAUGAAUGCGCAAUCAGGCGGGCAUAGCUCCUUCAUGGACACAUAAUCUUCAUCCCUUUGCCAGGUCUCGGUGAAAAACAUGAAAUCUAAAUCUCUAGCGAUGAAAAAAUCAUUCAGCGUGAAUGAUUUGUUAUUGAUCGAGCGAGCAUUCAACAAUGCCAGCUUAAGAGACUUGGGACCAGCUUUGCAGACAGAUUGUGAUUGUGACAGUGGUUGCAGAUACCGGAAAUUGUGGGUUGUGUGGUUUUGACGUUUGUGAUGUCUGUUGUUCAUUACUACGGGUAUGAAGGUGGGAGAUUGUGGGACAGUAGAGACUAGCCCAGUAGUUGGGGCAAUAGGAAAGCAGGAGGGAUUGUCUGUAGAGGUUAGUGGCAGCUGGAGCCUGUAGGGGGAGCUACGGGAGGCAAUGUCUAUAGAAUGCUCCGUAGAAGAAGAGGCAGGCACUGAGAAGGGGGUGUGGCACGUAAACAGUCACGCAUGUGUGAGUGGCGUUGUGUGUACGGUAUGCUGUAUGUUGGCUGCUAACACGCGGCUUCCUAACUUGCUCGGGUGAAGUCCGUCAUGUCGAUAAAAGGAGGGGCGGUUCCAAAAUAAGUUAAAAUUGUCUAUGAAAUAAAACCCGUGGAUAUUGCAGGCGGUUCGGAGCCAAGACUGGAGUUGAAGGAGCCGACUGAACCGCUCUGCGCCGAGGCCGAGUGUGGGAAGAGGGCCGCUGAUGAAGAUUGACAUCCCGCAGUCUUUUAAGGCAGAAAACAGACUGUCCGGGAGUUUAUCUCUGAUUUUUGUGACAGUGGCUCCUGGAAAACAGUGGGUGGUGGAAUUAAAAAAGCGAAUGUUCCUGGUUAUGGAGUCACCCACUAUGGCGGUGGUUGGGGGGAACAGUGGCCGAGGACGAGGGGGCGAGCGCCGCUGCUCUGUGGGGACUGUUUGCGGAGUGUGCGGAGAGGUCACAACCUCAGCGGUGGCUGGGGGCUCACACGACCCUUCACGGCAUGGAAGACCGCCGGAGCGUCUCGCCCUGAGAGCAGCCUCCUUCACGAUCCUGCGCCUGGAGGAGGAGGUCGCGGACCUGAACGGGGGUCCCGAAACAGACCCCACAACCCCCCGGGCUGCUGGCAGUGAAUCAGUCGAAGGGCAAACAGGAGGGGAAUGGACAGUUUGCAGCAGAGGGAAUUCCUCAACAGGGAAUUCCUCAACACUCAAGAUGUUAUAUCUGUUCUCCAGUUGGAGCUCACAAGGUGGAGCAUGUAUCGGGCUGGACCUCGCUCGCUUUUUUCCAUGUACUGUGGACCAUGGCUCUUGGUUGGGAGUGGAGUUGUUAGUUCUGAACCUCGGAUUUGGACUGAAGGUGAAAGUAGCUAAAGUUGCACUGCUGCUCGCCCAUUUAGGCUUGGCCCCCAGCAGCAGCCACGGGUCCUCCGCCGGAGGAUGUGGGGCUGCAGCUGAGGAGGCCGGCCUGGAUGUCGCUGUGGCGGCUGGAUCAUCAGCUCGGAGCUGAGGAGCCGAGGCUGACCGCUCAGCUGGGGCCAAGCCAGUGGGGUUGGGAUCUGCUGUAUCCAUGGAGCCGGGACCAAAUUCUGGGAUGGUUGAGUCCAGAUCCGCAGGAUUGCCAGGGGGACCAGGACCUGGAGCGACAACGGAGUCAAGCCGCGCCUCUUCAUCCCUAAUCCAGUAGAGGUUUGAAAUGCGCUGCUCCAGCUCCGCGAUCUUCUGG